AAAUUUGGUGCCGCUGUGGACGGAACUCAUCCAAGAACACUCUGAACGCUCCCAAGUGAAACCCACCACUCAGCCGCUCCUGCAUCUCGCGUUCUUUUCGUUAACCCCUUUCGACGUGUGUGUUUCCUAAUAAAUAACAUACAACAUACAAGCCAUCAUGAGCAAGCAACUGGCGCGCCAUGUGGGUCAGCUGAAUAAUCUUCUGAAAACGGCCACGACCGCCUCCACGGUCUCCGCCCAGAACAACUACUUCACCUACGUCCGGGAACUGUCGCAUCCAAUCGCCCGAGAGCCUCCAAUCGUAAAGCCGGAAGAGGCCGUGGCAUGCAUCAAAUCGGGUGAUACGGUCUUCGCCGGCGGAGCAGCUUCCACGCCCGUGGCUCUGCUGAAUGCGAUGGCCAAGCACGGAAAGAACAACAAGCUGGAGGGCGUUACCGUGUGCCACAUGCACACAGAGGGUCCUGGGGAGUACGCCAAGCCGGAGUAUAAGGACAUCUUCCGCUCGAACUCCUUCUUCAUGGGUGCCAAUGUGCGCAAGGCGGUGGCCGAGGGACGUGGCGAUAAUGUGCCUAUCUUUCUUCACGAGAUCCCGCAGCUGUUCUACAAGCAGAUCGUGAAGCCUGAUGUGUCCUUCAUCCACGUCUCGCCGCCGGAUAACCAUGGCUACUGCUCCCUGGGCACUAGCGUCGAUUGUGUGCGAGCCGCCCUGCUCCACUCAAAGCUGAUUGUUGCUCAAAUCAACCCCAAGAUGCCGCGCACCUUCGGCGAUGCCAUCAUCCACAAGUCGCAUUUUGACUACGCCGUCGAGGUGAACGACGAUCUGCCGCAGCAUGGCACUGGUGAGAUCUCUCCCGUGGAGAAGAAGAUCGGCAAGCUCAUUGCCGAGAACCUGGUCAAGGAUGGCGCCACCCUGCAGAUGGGAAUUGGCAGCAUCCCCGACGCCGUUCUGGACGCUCUCCACAACCACAAGGAUCUGGGUAUUCACUCCGAGAUGUUCGCCAAUGGUGUCGUGGAGCUGGUGCGCAAAGGAUGUGUCACCAACAGCAAGAAGAAGAUGCACCAGGGCAGGAUCGUGGGCUCCUUCCUCAUCGGUGAUAAGGCUCUGUACGAUUUCGUCGACAACAACCCCUUCAUCGAGAUGUACGCCAUCGACUAUGUGAACAAUACCAGCAUUGUAAAGCAACAGCCCCGCAUGACGGCCAUCAACAGCUGCAUUGAAGUGGAUCUGACUGGACAGGUUUGCUCCGAUUCCAUUGGCUCCCGUUUCUACUCCGGUUUCGGCGGUCAGGUGGACUUCAUUCGCGGCGCUGCUGAGGGUCUCGACGGACUGGGUGUGCCCAUCAUUGCCAUGCCAUCCACCACAAACAAGGGCGAGAGCAAGAUCGUGCCCACGCUAAAGGAGGGCGCUGGCGUCGUUACCUCUCGUGCCCACGUUCACUACGUCGUCACCGAGCACGGAAUUGCAUCGCUAUUCGGCAAGAACGUGCGCCAGAGGAUGUAUGAACUUAUCCAGAUCGCCGAUCCCAAGCACCGCGAAACUCUGGAGAAACAAGCCUUUGAGCGUAUCAAGGUUAUGCCAUCACCGAACUAAGCACUGAAACUCGUAGAGCGAACUAUUUCCGAGCAGCAACCGCAAUCUUUGAAGGCAUUCCCGAUAUCACUUUGAUCCACUUCAUAGAACUGCAAUCAUGAUAGCCCUUAUAGCAUUACCAAAUGUGAAAUUUUCAAUUGAUGAGAAACGAAUUCAUGGGAGAAAUAAAAACUGAAAAAUUA